AUGUCCUACUUAAACACAAACAGCGCGAACGUGAUUGUUGAUCAUGACCUUCGCAACGCUCUGAUCAGAACCAACAUAGCCCUGCUUCAACGAGAGAUUCGUGAGAAAAAGAAUUGGUACACUAGCCGCCGUGUCGUAGUUCGGAAGCGCAACGGCCGCAUCCACCUUUCGCGGCUCGGUUCGCGGAAACAGACCGAGUACGUCCCGGUAGACUUCGAGGAGGAAGAGGAUUCCCAAGACACUAGCAGCUUCACGCUGGUCGACGAGACGUCGUCCUCGCGGUCGGCUAGCUUCAGCUCUAACUACUAA